CACUAUUACUGCUACUGCCUUUCCCUUCCCCUUCUCUUCACUUCCUUGCUUGCUUGGACCUCCCCUCCCCUCCCUUCUCCCGCGCCUCUUACCUCUCCAGAUCCUCGCCCUGCUCCCUUGCUUGCUGCCUUCUCUUCGUUGCGCUCGCUCGCUUGCUCUCCUCCUCCUCCUCCUUUCAGCAGCUCCUCUCAGGAGUCGGGAUCCCACUCUUGUGUGCUUCUUCCCACACUUCAUCGCCCCCCUCUUUUGUUUUUGUUUUUGUUUUGUUUUGUUUUGUUUUUUUUUUUCUUUCUCUCUCUCUCUCCCUCCCUCCCUCUUUAGAUCCUCACUCCUCGCUCCUUCCCUCUCUAGAUCCACUUCCUCGCAUCCUCCCUCGCGCUUCCUUCCUUCCAUCUUCUCCCUCUCCGUCUCCUUCUCUCUCUCUCUCUCUCUCUCUCUCUCUCUCUUUGCUCAUAGAUCCCCCGCCGCUCUUUCUCACUUUCUGCCCCAUUGCUCCCUUCAAAUGUGGCGCCAAUGCACUCCCAUGUCGUUCGACGCAACCCGUAGCGGUAUUUAUCAAUGUAGAAAUUAGGACCUCUUGCAUUGGGAUUGUUGUCUUGCAGCACUAGCUCUGCUAAUCAGGGUUUAGUAUAGGUUAGGAGUGAGAGGGCUUCGGAUCUGCAGAAAUGAAGGGUGGGAUUGAAUGUCAGACGUGCGGUUCAAAGGCUAGGCCGAUUUCUGUCGCCUAUGAUCGACAGCGUAGUAUUAAACAGCCAAGAUGGAGGCCACUCAACGUUCUCCUUGUCAUGGGCGACUGCACACUUAUUGGUCUUCAGCCAAUAUUGGUGUACAUAUCAAAAGUGGAUGGAAAGUUCCUCUUUAGUCCAGUGAGUGUGAACUUUUUAACUGAAUUCAUGAAGGUGGUUUUUGCCAUCGGCAUGAUAUUAUGGCAGGCUCGCCGACAACGUCCAGGAGAAAGGUCAUUGCUUUCACCAAGUGUUAUUCUAACGGCAGCGAGGAAAAACUAUCUUCUAGCUGUCCCCGCAUGUUUGUAUGCCAUCAACAAUUAUUUGAAGUUCAUCAUGCAGCUAUACUUCAAUCCUGCAACCGUGAAGAUGUUAAGCAAUUUAAAGGUUUUGGUAAUUGCCUUAUUGCUUAAGGCGAUCAUGAAGCGGCGUUUUACAGUUAUGCAGUGGGAAGCUCUUACGUUACUUCUUAUAGGUAUCAGUGUGAAUCAGCUUCACACAACUCAACAAGGAACAACUGCGCUUGCUGUUCCAAUCGCAUCAGUGGCUUACUUUUAUACUCUCGUAUUUGUGACAGUCCCGUCAUUGGCGUCCGUUUACAAUGAGUACGCACUUAAAAGUCAGUUUGAUACUAGUGUUCAUCUGCAGAAUUUUUUCUUGUAUGCGUAUGGAGCAACAUUUAACUUCGUUGCAAUACUGGUUUCUACCAUCUACCAAGGUGGCACAGGCUUCAAUCUUUUGGAAGGGCAUUCGAAGGCCACAAUGUUUCUGAUCAUUAACAACGCAGCUCAGGGUGUUCUCUCUUCUUUCUUUUAUAAAUAUGCUGACACAAUUUUGAAGAAAUACUCUUCAACGGUUGCAACGAUUUUUACGGGACUUGCUUCAGCUGCACUGUUUGGGCAUGCGCUCACCAUAAAUUUUGUUCUCGGGGUUACUAUCGUUUUCAUCUCCAUGCAUCAGUUUUUCUCUUCAAUUUCAAAGCCUCAAGUAGAAGACACGAGUUAUACACAUUUGGAGCCAAUGGGGCGGACCCUUGACAAGAAAGACUCAUCGAUUGGUGAUUUAGCUUCGGUUGCGCAUCAGGAAGGAAGUCAUACUAUUUCAGUUAGAACGGAGAGAGAACCCCUUCUUCCUAAAUAAGGGACGCUUGGGUUUCAAAUUAUUUUUUCAUUCGAGCUGCAGCAGAUGUAAAACUAUGCCAACAAAUAUUAUUUAACUAGCUAGCAACAUUCAUUGGAUAUAAAUGAAUAUGCACUCAGUAGCCGCCAUGUGCUGACUUGUUAAAUGUGCGACAAGAAGCAUGUGGUCAAGAGCUGCACUGGAAUCAGGAUUGAAGUUUACGUGUUUCCAUAAUUCAUCAAUGAAACUUUCAAAAUAGAUCCUGUUAGGACCUUCAAGCGUAUCCAGAAUCUUGUGUCCUGAACAGUAGCUAUGCGGCAACAGAUUAGAGAGGUGUGGAGAAACCAGUUCCACAUCUUGGCUCGAGUAGGACCAGUGUAGGAAUUUAUCAAUUUUUUUAGCAUAUGCCGAACCAUUCAUUUGUUCGAUCUCUGAAUGCAAAACUUUUUCUUAUCAAGAUUUUUAGCAAA